CAGGUAAAGGUGAUCGAUUGGUUGAGUCUGCGCAGGUAGUUUAGGAAGAGCUGAGGCCACAUCUGCUGGGAGUAAACAAAGCCCCCCCCCUCCCUUUUUUUCUUUUUCUUUUUCUUUUUCUUUUUAGCCCACCUGAACUAUCUUUACUGACUUGGGGACGGCUUCCUUCUUAGUUUGCCAACAAAUCAUGAGCCGCGUUAAACUUUUCCCGAGGAGCUUGGGCACACACAACAGUUGCUUGUGACUGUCGCUGGACGUUUCCUGAUUCACCUUCUCGGCGUCGAGGCGAGGACACGUACCCGCCCGCUCCCGUCGAUAGGUUUCUUUUCGACGGUGCUGAACGCUUUCCCCCCCACCCCCCCCACACCACCCCACUGUGUGCCUCUCUUCGUCAUACGUAGCGUAGGAUGGAAGCACCUUCGGCCGUUUGGUUAAAGUCAAGUGUGCGUACAGCAGUUUGAAGAAGCUGGUGGUGACACUCUGCCCUCCGUGCUGCCAAUUAAUGCCCCACCCGCUGUCCGCGCGCAGGUGCACGCAUCACCAUGUUGUUUCAUCUGUUCCUGCUCCUUCAGCUGCUGCCCCGUGGGGACCUGGCCUGCACCAGGAGUCUACGGUCCGAACAUGAACAGGACCACGAGGUGUUUGUAGACGAGGGGGACGCAAACUCGUUCCUGGGUCGCCAUCUGUUGUUCAACCGCUUCGACUUUGAGAUUUUCGUUCCUGGGAAUCUGGAAAGGGAGUGUUAUGAAGAAGUGUGCAAUUACGAGGAGGCGAGGGAGGUCUUCGAAAACACCCCGGUCACAGACGCUUUUUGGAAGAAGUACACCGCAGAUAAGGACAAGCGCCCCACACGGGUCGAUGUGACGUCUCUUUUGGUGGGACUGAUUGCUGCCGGAGUGGCCAUUGUUAUCUUUGGCCUCCUGGUCUGGUAUUUCUGUCAAGGCAAAUGCAAGGAUGACCUCAGCCGUGCAAGUUCCAUUCGGGGCCGCCCGAGGAGGAGUAAUGCUUCCCUAAUAAUGCGACGGCUAGAGGAGGUGUCCUUGCAACCUGUGCUCCCACCUGCAUCACCACCCCAUAUGGAGGAAGUAAACCCCCCCGGGCUGCCUUCCUACGAGCAGGCACUGGCAAAAAGUGGACAGCAUGACGCCCCACCUCCUCCCUAUCCUGGCUCACGGCCUGGAAGUAUUCGGCGGUAGUACCUUCAGGAAUCAGAAGCAGACAAUAAAACUAGAAUUCCCACUCUGCUGCUCUGCUUAACAUUUUACAACAUUUUUUUUUCAUCACCACAAGAUUUAAAACAGUGCCUUAUGCCUUCUGUUUAUCUCUCUGAUUAAGCUCUCUUUUUCCACUCAUACAUUUUUGAUCUUUUCUGGUCUGUUGGUGUAUCUUUUCCUUGCCAUAUAAUCUUGUCAAUGUUUCAGUCUCCCUUCUUGGCCUGCUAGUACCAAAACAUAUUUUUUGUGGUAGUCUCUAUUUUCUCAGCUGUGAUUAUGUUAUGUAAUAUAACCCUGACCCUAUGCUGAAUAAGCUUUAUAAUACAUUUUACCCAGUAUGCUGCUUUAAAUCAAAAUGAAAAUGAAGAAUCAGUAAUGUGUUGGACACAAGCUUUAGGUUGGCGGAAUAUUUAUUCUCUUAAGGAACAGUUGUUUAUAGUAGCACAAUCUGUAUAGUAGGGUUAAGUGUAAGACUAUGAUUAUGUUUCAUUACACAAUAAGUAUUAAUGGUAAUCACAGAGAGACGGAAGGAUGUGUGUUGUCAUACAGCUUCCUGUCUCUUUAAGAAGGAAAAUUAUACCAACAAAACAGCUUUUAAUGACAUGAUGGUUAAUUUUUCCAUAAAGGAAAUACUUCUAACGAAGUGCGUUUGAUGUACUGGUCUACCACCUUGCUUUGUUAAGAUUCACUUUGUACUUUCAGCUGUGCAUCAACAUUUUUUAAUGUGCUGAUUUUGUUGCUGCUUUUUAAAGUUAUAGUGUGUCAGAAAAUGUAUGUUUGAGUCUCCAAAUAAUGAGCAUGCUCUACUAAUAUGUGAAGCCAUUUUUACUUUCUGUAUCUGCAUUGUGGUUCAUUAUUAUGUAUUAUAAAUCGAUGGAGGCAGAAGCUCUUCAUAGGCAGUUUUACAACAUUUUGGAUUUACACAGGACAUUUUACAGUUGUACAAGAAAAUUAUAGCUGUGGUGAAUACAAUAGUUAAAAAUAUUUUAGCUGUAUGAUGCAGCUGAGCAGUUUAUCCAACAUGCGUGAGACAAAGCAACUCGCUUAACCGUGGUUCAAAUGAGCAUCUCAUUUUCACUGGAUAAUGCAGAAAUACAAGAUUUAACAAGUUAUGUCUGUAAAUGACCUCUACCAAAGUUUUAUAAUGACAUGAGAAUUUACUGAGGGCUAGUUUGUUGAGGCUGAUCUGAAGCAUAACUACUUGAAAUGAAAAUCUUUUACAUCAUGUUUUAAAUAAAAAGGAUAUUUUAAUUAC